CCAGCUCUGGAACUGGAAUAUAGUAAUUUGAUAGGAAAUAAUAUUUAUGGUUGUUUAAAUUUGUUUUUAUUCUGUCUGUUAGGUAGGGGGAGUAUUCUUGAAGACACGUGUCAAGUAUGUUUGUAAAUACUGUAAAACUAGUGACAGUUACUUUUUAAAUUCUGGUACAUAGUUGAUUUUAUUGUCAUGGCAGUUUACUUCAUCUUAAGCUUUUUGCUUAGUUUAUACUGUUGUUUUCUAGGCAAUGUAAAGAAACAAAUUUCUAAGAAAAAAACUUCAGAUAAAAAAGGAAGACAUCAGAGAGAGUGUCCUCAGCAUUCUCCUCUUGAAGAUAUUAAGCAGCGGAAAGUAUUAGACCUCAGACGAUGGUACUGCAUAAGCCGGCCACAAUAUAAGACUUCUUGUGGUAUCUCCUCAUUAAUUUCUUGCUGGAAUUUCUUAUAUAGUACAAUGGGAGCUGGAAGUUUUCCACCUAUUACCCAAGAAGAGGCUUUACAUAUUUUGGGCUUUCAACCCCCAUUUGAAGAUAUUAGGUUUGGCCCUUUCACUGGAAAUACAACACUUAUGAGGUGGUUUCGACAAAUUAAUGACCACUUCCAUGUAAAAGGAUGUUCUUAUGUUCUGUAUAAACCUCAUGGGAAGAAUAAAACAGCUGGAGAAACUGCUUCAGGGGCCUUGUCGAAAUUAACUCAUGGAUUGAAAGAUGAAUCACUGGCUUACAUCUAUCAUUGCCAAAAUCAUUAUUUUUGUCCAAUUGGCUUUGAAGCAACCCCUGUCAAAGCUAAUAAAGCAUUCAGCAGGGGCCCCCUCUCAUCACAUGAAGUAGAAUAUUGGAUCUUAAUUGGGGAAUCAAGUAGAAAACAUCCUGCCAUUCACUGUAAAAAAUGGGCAGAUAUUGUUACUGAUCUAAACACUCAAAAUCCAGAAUAUCUAGAUAUCCGGCACUUAGAGAGGGGGCUGCAGUAUCGAAAAACAAGGAAGGUUGGGGGAAAUUUGCAUUGCAUCAUAGCAUUCCAGAGACUUAAUUGGCAAAGAUUUGGCCUUUGGAACUUUCCAUUUGGAACCAUUAGACAAGAACCACAACGUCCACCACCUGCCCAGGGAAUUGCCAGAUCUGAGAGUGAAGACAGUAUCUCCAAGAAGCAGCGUGGGCGGCUGGGCCGGUCUUUAAGUACCAGUUUCCAUCAGGACUCCCCGUGGAAAAAGAUGUCUGGUGUCCACGAGAGAAGGAACAGUGGCUGCCAGGGUUACAGUGAUUAUGAUUGACUGUGCUGGCUUCUGAACAACUGGUAUAUACAACUGGUUGGUGUGUCCAACUGGUAUCUACAGCUGUGUUAAGAUAGUAGGAGAUUUUCUUAGGUCUGCAUUACAUAUGAAUAGAUCUUGUGAUACAAACAUAAUCUUGUAGUUCUCCAGUAAAUAAGCUUGUAUAUGAUUAUAAUGGAUGAUCUCAGAUAUAUGAGCAGAUAAGCAUAGAUUAUUGUCCUUUUAAAGUUAAGAGUAAUAUAGACAACCAGGAUAAAAAGUUUCACAAAAUCAAAUUAAAUUAUGACUGCUAUCUAAAAAAAGUCAAGCACAAAUUCACUUAGUAGUAACGAGAUGUGAAAUACUCAAGCAUGAAAUGAUUUCAUCCCUUAGACAGUUUUACUCCUAAGGUCAAGAAGUUAAGGGACCGUCUGCCCUUUUCAAAAAAAGUUGGGGCUGUCAAUUUCUAGUUUUUUCUUAUGGUAAAAGCUCAUUUAAAAUUAUUUAAUGAGUCUAGUAGUUCUUUUACUUGUAGCAGUAUCUUGCCUGACUCAUUUGAUUUGCUGGUUAACUUUCUCAGGAUUCUCAAUUAAGAGGCAAAAGAGAAGAGACUCAAGAAACUGAUCUUUUCUAUUGGUGCAAAAGGGUGACUUAGUACAUUGAUUCAGGAUAUUCUUGACUUUCUUGACUUGGUAUGUUACCAUCAAAUAUUGACAAGAGCUUUAGGUCUUGAAAGACUUCUGUAAAUCCAGAAUAAAAACUUUUUUUUUUUUUUUUUAAG